UGCUCUGAGUGCUGCCCUUGGGGCGAGGCGGGCACGUGGCUCUUACAAGGCGGGGUCCAGGCGGCCAAAGUCUGGAAAGGGUUGGAUUGCAGACCACCUGAGAUCAGAGACCAUGUCAUAAACACAGAGCCGAACUCCAAGUCCCCAGACACAUUGUUGUUAAUAAACCUGUGGCCCAGAGAGAACAAGGAGACUGUCCCAAGGUUCCAUGUGGACAGGAGCCACCGAAGUUUGCCUGACACCAUCAAGCAGGCCCUACCAUCAACCAGGCCCUAGUCACCUGGCUUUGCCUUUGCCUUGCUGUGUGAUCUCAGCUCCCUGCCAAGGCCCACAGCCAUGGCCAUGGCCCAGAAGCUCAGCCACCUCCUGCCAAGUCUGCGGCAGGUCAUCCAGGAGCCUCAGCUAUCUCUGCAGCCAGAGCCUGUCUUCACGGUGGACCGAGCUGAGGUGCCACCGCUCUUCUGGAAGCCGUACAUCUAUGCGGGCUACCGGCCGCUGCAUCAGACCUGGCGCUUCUACUUCCGCACACUGUUCCAGCAGCACAAUGAGGCCGUGAAUGUCUGGACCCACCUGCUGGCGGCCCUGGUGCUGCUGCUGCGACUGGCCCUCUUUGUGGAGACUGUGGACUUCUGGGGAGACCCACACGCCCUGCCCCUCUUCAUCAUUGUCCUUGCCUCUUUCACCUAUCUCUCCUUCAGUGCCUUGGCUCAUCUCCUGCAGGCCAAGUCCGAGUUCUGGCAUUAUAGCUUCUUCUUCCUGGACUACGUGGGGGUGGCCGUGUACCAGUUUGGUAGUGCCUUGGCACACUUCUACUAUGCUAUCGAGCCCUCCUGGCAUGCCCGGGUGCAGGCCGUUUUUCUGCCCAUGGCUGCCUUUCUCGCCUGGCUUUCCUGCACUGGCUCCUGCUAUAACAAAUACAUCCAGAAACCAGGCCUGCUGGGCCGCACAUGCCAGGAAGUGCCCUCCGCCCUGGCCUACGCACUGGACAUCAGUCCUGUGGUGCAUCGUAUCUUCGUGUCCUCCGACCCUGCCAUAGAUGACCCAGCUCUUCUCUACCACAAGUGCCAGGUGGUCUUCUUUCUGCUGGCUGCUGCCUUCUUCUCUACCUUCAUGCCCGAGCGCUGGUUCCCUGGCAGCUGCCAUGUCUUCGGGCAGGGCCACCAACUUUUCCACAUCUUCUUGGUGCUGUGCACGCUGGCUCAGCUGGAGGCUGUGGCACUGGACUAUGAGGCCCGACGGCCCAUCUAUGAGCCUCUGCACAUGCACUGGCCUCACAACUUUUCUGGUCUCUUCCUGCUCACGGUGGGCAGCAGCGUCCUCACCGCGUUCCUCCUGAGCCAGCUGGUACAGCGCAGACUUGAUCAGAAGACCAAGUGAAGGGGGCUGGCAUCUAGUAGGGAGGGAGGUAUUGUCGGGGGACAGGGGUCUGGGCUUGGCUCCAGGUGGGAACAAGUCCUGGUAAAAUUGUUUGUGUCUGGCCCACAGUGACUCUCUGUGCACCACUCAACUCAAGGGCGUCACUGGCCAAUUCUUGGAUUUACGGAUUGGCUGGGAGUUGCUGGGGUCCACUUCUGGGCCUGCCCCAGCUCCUUGUCCAGGGAGAGGGAAAGAGUUAAAGAUGUGGGCCACUCCAGCUUGCCCCUCCACUGCCACUCACUGGGGUGAGGCUGGGGAUCAGCUUGGUGAGGAUUGGGGCUUCUAGAUUGUCUAGGCAGGAGGUGAAACUUAGGCCAGAGUCAGAUUUGAGCUGAGCCAGAGUAGGCCUUGGCAACCCACUUCUACUCAGAUUUCAUUGCUGGAUGCGGAAGGGGCAGGCCCAAAAUAUAUGCAGGAUCUUACUGUCCCUUGAAGCCCAGCCACAAGUGUUGGCGCUGCAGAGAGACCCCAAAGGUAGUAGAUUGUGCCAGACAGAAAUGGGUCCCAUCCAGUGCUUCAUACCCCUUCAGUCACCAUCCCAGACAGUGAGUCCCAGAUCUUCUAGCUCUGGCUUCUGUGUCCCACACAGCCUGUUCCCAGCUUCUUUCCUGGUUCCCUUGUUAAGGAUUCAUUUAUCUAUUCAGUGUUGAAUGGAUAAAUGGCCUGGGCCUCUGCUCAGAGGCAGGUCACCGCUGGGCCCUGAGGAUCAAUGCAAGAUGAUAAAGACUUUUUUUUUUUUUUUUUUUGAGAAGGAGUUUUGCUCUUGUUGGCUAGGCUGGAGUGCAAUGGUGCAAUAUUGGCUCACUGCAACCUCUGCCUCCUGGGUUCAAGUGAUUUUCCUGCCUCAGCCUCCCGAGUAGCUGGAAUUACAGGCAUGUACCACCAUGCCUGGCUAAUUUUCUGUAUUUUUAGUAGAGAUGGGGUUUCUCCAUGUUAGUCAGGCUGGUCUCGAACUCCUGACAUCAGGUGAUCCGCCCGCCUUGGCCUCCCAAAGUGCUGGGAUUACAGGCAUGAGCCACCGUGCCUGGCCGACAAAGGCUUUGAUACCAGAAUGAACUGUCAAGGGAAGUGCUGAGGAGGGAUUAACCUGUGCUGCCUGGGACCCUGAGGGUCUUGAGUUGGGGAGUGUGAAUAGGAGUUUGCAGAUGGAGAAUAGGAAGGGCAUUCCAGGCAGAGGGAAACUUGUGCAGAGACCCAGAGGUGCGGAAGGAAAAGUGGGGCUGGGGCUGGGGUGGUCUGGAUUAUGGCCUGGAUGCAAUAAAGUGACUGUGACAGUAGCC